AUGCUGGACCUCUUCGCACCUAUUAAAUGCCUUCUGCAAGAAGAAUCCGUUCGCGUUGACAAUGUAGUCUUCAGGCUGCACUCGCGUUUCACCGUUCUCCUGCUGCUCGUUUGCACCAUUCUCGUAACUGCCAAGCAGUAUAUCGGCGAACCGAUUUCUUGCAUGACCGAUGGUUCCCUCGACAAAGAUCCUGUAAAUGCGUAUUGCUGGAUCUAUAGUACGUUCACGGUAUCCCGACACCUGAAGGGUAUUCCUGGACGAGGUGUAGCGAGUGCUGGUGUAGGACAGGCUCUUCCAGAUGAUGAAGCCCGUCAUCAUCGAUAUUAUCAGUGGGUCUGCUUUGUUCUCGGCUUACAAGCGAUCCUUUUUUAUAUGCCACGCGCCUUAUGGGGCAUCUGGGAGAGAGGCACCAUAGGCCUUCUUUCGCGAGAUCUGGCCUCCCCCUUUCUGAGAGAUGUCUGGACCGAGGAGAGGAAGCAACGACUCGUCGAAUAUUUCACCAAGACGAAUCUACACAGUCACAACUUUUACGCUAUACGUUUCUUCGUGUGCGAGAUCUUGAACUUUUUAAAUUCGAUAGGACAGAUAUAUCUGUUGGACGUAUUUCUGGAAGGGCAGUUUAGACGAUACGGGCCCUCGGUAAGCGCAUUCGUCGCAGAGGAAAAUCCUUACGACAGGGUCGAUCCUAUGGCGCGACUGUUCCCGAAGAUGACCAAAUGCACGAUUCACACAUUCGGGCCGGCGGGCACCGUGCAAACUCACGACGCACUCUGCGUGCUCCCGUUAAAUGUGGUGAACGAGAAGAUUUUCGUCGUUCUCUGGUUCUGGCUGGUGUUUCUCGCGGGCGUCGGUUGCUUGGCGUUAAUCUAUAGAAUCAUAGUUUUCUCUCAAUCUUGGGCGAGAGUGUACCUUCUACGAGGUGCGGUUCGCGUACUCGAGAAAUCUAAGGUCGAGCGUGUCGUACGAGUACUCCACUUCGGUGAUUGGUUCCUCUUAUACCAACUUGCGCAGAACGUCAAUCCCAUCGUGUACAGGGAUCUGGUUAAUGAGAUAGCGAAAGCCUUUGCGACCAAGAGUUUUACGGACUUUGUUUAAAU